AGAAAAGAAAAAAAGGAAAUUCCUUUUCCCAUCAAAACUCCAUUGGAGGUUUGCCUUGUUGCUCUCAAAGCUCCGAGGGGUUCUCUCUGCCGUGGCCUCGGCGCCAUUCCCCAUCCCAGUAUCUCUCUCCGGACUGGGACGAUGCCAACCUCAGCUUCUUCUGCGACUCCCAAGCCUUCGUCCGAGCUCGUCGCUCGGUUGACGGCCGCCGACGCCGCCGUCAAGCUGAAGGCCUUGAGAGACAUCAAGAACCAGAUCAUUGGAAAUCGCACCAAGAAGCUGUCCUUCAUCAAGCUCGGCGUUGUCCCCCAUGUUGCUGCCGUUCUCUCCUCCACUUCCGACCCCAACAUUCUCGUCCAGUCCGCUGCUGUUCUUGGCAGCUUUUCCUGCGGCGUCGACGUUGGUGUUUCCGCCGUUCUCGAUGCUGGAGCCUUCCCUCGAUUGCUUCGAUUGCUUUCCGAUCCCGAUCCCAAGGUUGUUGAUGCGGGAGCUCGCUCGCUAAGAAUGAUUUAUCAAUCAAAGUUGGCUCCUAAGUAUGAUUUCCUUCAGCAGGAAAACGCCAAAUUUCUUCUUUCAUUAUUGAAUAGUCAAAAUGAAAAUGUGACUGGACUUGGGGCAAGUAUCAUCGUUCACUCCUGUGAGACAAUUGCAGAGCAGAAGGCAUUGUUUCAUGGUGGAGUUCUAGAGAAGCUUAUUGGCCUUCUUGAUGGAUCUCUAAGUCAAAGGGAUGCUAGUUUAGAGUCUAUUGCUACAAUAUUUAAGAAUAAUGUUGAAGCCAUAGAAAAGUUCAUGCAACCUGGCAGAGAAGAUUGUUUGAGAUACAUAAUUGAAUUGAUGAAGGAUAGAAAUCCCAAGACAAGAUUGCUAGCCUGCGUAUGCUUGAUUGUUAUAAGGAAUUCGUCACCUUGUUAUCUGCAAGAUAUAGGAAUAAAAAUGAAAUUGAUACAUAGUUUGCUCGAGCUUCUCGACAAUCCAGGUCAAGUUGGAGAUGAAGCUUCCUUCAUUUUUUCGACUUUACUUGCUGAGAAGGAGGAGCUACAGAAACUUGCUUUUGAGGCAAAUGCAAUUGAUAAGUUUUACAAUCACUUGCAAAAGGAUCAGUUAAGUCCUAGACGCUUACAAGGAAUAUUGCUGGCUUUUUCUCAUCUGUGCUCAAAGUUGGAGAGCUGUAGGUCUAGGUUUCUCUCAUUGCAGGUAAUGAACAUAGUGAUCAAUGCCCUAAAACAUGAAAGUAGUGACAUACGAACCGCAGCUUGCACUUGCUUGAGAAGUGUCUCUCGAUCAAUCAAGAAUUUGAGUGCUGGUUACUUUAUGAACGAAGCAGUUGUCUUUCCCUUAGUUCAGCUUUUACAUGAUCCUUCUAAUACUGUUCAGGUUGCAGCACUUGGUGCUAUUAGCAACAUAGUUGUCGACUUUUCAACAAAGAGAUCAAUAUUUAUUGAAUGUGGAGGUGUGAAAGAGCUGGUUCGAUUAUCAAAGUCUAUGGACUUGGACAUAAGGCUGAAUGCGUUGCGGGCUUUAAGGAAUUUAAUAUUCUUCGCAAACAACAUGUGUAAAGCAGGGAUCUUUGUGGAGUUAACAGCUUCAUUGUUAGCCAGCCUUGUCUGUGAUCCUGAGCCUUCCGUUCAGGAGCAUGCUAUGGCCCUUGUGCGCAAUCUUAUUGAUGGAUGUGAGGACUCAAUUGACUAUGUGUUUGCUGAAGAUGGCAUCAUAUUGGACACUAUUGGCCGGCAAUUGCAAAGUACUUCAAGAGACGAAAUUGGAGUGCAGGGAAUGUAUGUACUUUGCAAUGUUGCUAGUGGAAAUGAGCUUCAUAAGGAAGGGGUCAUGAAGCAACUAUUUCCACAAGGAGAUGAAGUGGUCCAGUCAUUUGUGAUCAAGUUUUUGCAGAGUGACAACAGUCAGCUUCGAAUUGCUGCUGUCUGGGCAAUAAUUAAUCUUACUUCACCUUCAAGUACGUAUGCUCUAGGUCGGGUUACGAAGCUACGGAAUGCUGGUAUUGUUUCUCAAAUUAAGAAUAUGGCCAAUGAUCCGUGCCUGGAUGUAAAGUUCCGUGUGAGAACCGUGCUUGGACAGCUAAUAGCUUUUGGUGAUGGUAUUACAUUGUAAAUUUUCCCAUCAUCAAAACCCAAGAAAAGAAGAGCGCUGCUUGCAGCUUUGUUUUUGAUCCACUAUUUCUGUUGGAUAUUAUUGAGCUUUUUGUUGGCGGCUUUGAUCCAUUUGGACAUGAAAGCUUGUUGCGCCAUCCAGUAUAUUCCACGGGCGGCUCUUGACCUUACAGGUUACCCAUAAAAAUCUUAACUUUUGGAUGCAUUCCAGCCUCUAUUGGUGGGAAUUUUGAUCUCUCUCUCCUAAAUUCUUCUUUUCUUCUUUUGGUAUCUCUCAAAUGAUCAUACGGUUAGUUUGGCUUGAAGGCAUAAUAUAAGACUCGUAAAUAUUGCCUAUAAACAAUUUCGUUGUUAUUACUGUUCUGCUCGAAGGGUUUCAUAUAUAGGCUACAAAUUGUCGCUUUCAUACCUUGCUCCAACGUUCACCAAGACCCAGAAACUUUCUUUUUCAGAGAAAUAUAACCUUAAGCUUUUUGAAGGAAAAACAACGAAACCUAAAUGAAUGAUUGUUUGGCUAAGUUGUACCUUUUCAAGGAUGGUUUAUAUUAUUCAAGCAUCCAAGGAGAGUAAUUCAAUUCAUGCAGAUGUCUUCUUUCCUUCAAACAGAUACAAACUUCCAAGUAUUGCUGCUAUGCCAUGCUCCAAAUCCACCACUAUACUUCAUUUCCUCCUAAUCUUGUUUUGUGUCCAAUUUAAUUAGUGUGCAUUUGAACAUAGUUGAUCAAUAUGAUAUAUGUUCUAUCAAUACCAGUUUAUAUAAACAAAUUGAGAGAAUCACAUGAAUCAGUCUUUUGUGCUGAACUUUAUAAUUGGUAUUUUAGAACAGGUGUUUAAAUUGAGCAAAGCUUUGGAGUGUCUACGUGGUGUAGAUCCAUAUUUAUCCCUAAUGUAUGUGGUUUUUAGCAGCAGAACCAUCAUUAUUCUGUGAUCCAGGAGGAAGGGAUGCGCUUCAGUCAAACCAGAUUGCUUGCGUUCCAACCUGUUUUACAAAGUGUACAAAGAUGCAAAGCCUUAGGUUCAUAGUACAUUUAACAGUUGAAUUGAUCUCCAUGGUAUAUGUACACAAAGUGACAAGGUUUCCUUUGAUCAUUAAGAGCUGAAAACCAUUACAUUUUAUUCAUUACUGGUCAAGCUCAAGAACAUUUUACUCA